CUCAGGGCAGGCGUGUGUGUUGAGAAGAAAGUCAGAAGAGAGAGGCUGCAUGUGGGGAGGUUUGUGAGAACAGACGCCAAAGACCCACUUUCCGAGAGAAAGAAAGAACAUCUGCAAAAAGAUGCUGUUGUUGCAACUGGUCUUGCUCACGGUUCUCGUCCCAGGUGGUGACAGUGACGAUGACUUCCAGGAGCCGAUCACUUUUCGAAUCAUCCUGACCGCAUCUUUUUACAACCGUGCCCGGGCACAAAAUCAGGGUUCAGCUUGGCUGGGACAGCUGCAGACUCAUGGCUGGGACAGCAAGACCGGAGCUAUCAUUUUCCUGUGGCCUUGGUCCAGGGGCAACUUCAGCAACGAGAAGUUCAUGGAACUGGAAAAGUUAUUCCAUUCAUACUCCAUUAGAUUUCUUCAGGUAUUUCAGGACCAUGUCAGUCAAUGGCAGCUUGAAUAUCCGUUUCAGGUCCAGCUGGAAGAAGGCUGUGAGCUGCACCUUGGAGAAGUAUCAGUAGGAUUUGUGCAUAUUGGAUAUCAAGGAUCAGAUCUCAUGAGCUUCCAGAACAUGUCAUGGUGGCCAUCUCCAAAGGGAGGCAGAAGGACCAAAGAAGUCUGCACACUAUUCAAUCAGUUCUAUGUGGUCAAUGAAAUUAUACACACACUUUUCAGUGAUAUCUGUCCUCAGUUCCUCUUGGGUCUUCUUGAUGCAGGAAAGGCAUAUCUCAAGCGACAAGUGAGGCCCGAGGCCUGGCUGUCCACUGGCCCUAGUCCAGGGCCUGGCCGUCUGCUCCUCGUGUGCCACGUCUCUGGAUUCUACCCAAAGCCAGUGUGGGUGAUGUGGAUGCGGGGUGAGGAGGAGCACCAGGGAACCCGGCGAGGUGACAUCUUGCCCCAUGCUGAUGGGACAUGGUAUCUUCAGACGUCCUUGGAUGUGGAAGCCAGGGAAGCAGCUGGCCUCUCUUGCCGAGUGAGACACAGCAGUCUAGAAGGCCAGGAUAUUGUCCUCUACUGGGAGCAGCACCGCCCCAUGGGCUUGGUCUUCCUGGUGGUGAUCGUGCCCCUGGUGCUUCUGGCAGGUCUUGCGUUCUGGCUCUGGAAGCGCUGGAAAUCACACUGGAGACCUCAGUGCACUGGCCUUCCUUUGGAGUAAGAUCCCAGCAGCCCCGGUUCCAGCACUUACCUAAACCCAGCUCAGUGGUGAUGGAUUUGCAAGUCUCUGUGUGCAACUUUUGUCUUUCCUUUCUGCUCGAUGAUCAGUUGUCAAUAUCGGCCAAGAAUAAUUUAGCGGGCUUUGUUGUUCUCACCUGAUUCUUGGAGUUAAAUUCUACAUUUUCUCCAAGUAAAAUGAAGCCUGAGAACCUCCCUGGGUCACAGGCAUCAGAUGCCACUUCCUCCUGGGAGCCCUCCCUGAUUUUCAAGGGGAAGCAGUCUCUGCCUGCUGAGAAUUUCCAACGUCCAUAGUUUCUCUUUGGCAAACGUAUGACUCACUUCCCAUCCCUUAUUGUCCCCAUUUGGGUCCCUUUUCCAUCCUAAUUCUUAGGCCUCUUGAGAGUAAAGUCCAUGUCUUUCUAAUAUUUGUAUCCUUGGCAAGGAGUCUCGCCUGCAUGGAAUAUGUCCUCAAUAAAAGUCUGUGUUGAAUUGA